AUGUCUUCCACUACAGAAAAUUUGAACCGAUCCGCAGUCCUUCCUCACCCAAAGGCCCACCCCAUAGUUAUUACCUCCUCACCUGUUCCGAUUCCAACUGGUAAUGAGAUACUCAUUCGUGUACGAGCCGUUGCUAUCAACCCAGCUGAUCACGCUGUCCAAAAGCUUGGCAUCGUCAUCAAACCCGAAUUCUACCCUUACGUCAAUGGUACCGAUAUGUCUGGAGAAGUUGUCUCUGUUGGGUCUGAUCAGGCGAGGUUUAAACCAGGAGAUCGUGUAGUGGGUCAUGCGAUGGCAUGGCAGAAAGGCGAUAACAAGUACGGGGCGUUCCAAGAUUACUCUAUCAUGGUUGAGCCCAUGGUGGCUAAGAUUCCAGAUCAUAUACCUUUCAAGGACGCAGCUGUUCUUCCUCUGGGCCUCACAACAUCAGCUGCUAUGUUGUUCAGUCCAACUUUAAUGCGCCUUGACCUACCCAUGGCUGGGACCGAGCUAAACUCCAAGGGUAAAGUCGUGGUAGUCUGGGGAGGCAGCUCAAGUGUUGGGUCGAAUGCCAUCCAGACUGUCAAAGCAGCUGGGUACAUCGUUGCGGCUACGGCGAGCGAGCAUAACCACGGGUUACUGAGAAAGAUGAACGUGGACUAUGUCUUUGACUACAAGAAAGAUGGCGUUACGGAAGAGAUUAUAAACACUUUGAGCGGUGUUGGCGAUCUUGCAGGGGUUUACUGUGCCGUAUACUCAGAUACUGCUAUCACGGCAUGUGCAACUAUUGCAAACAGACUCGGAGGAAAGAAAUGUCUCGGAACUAUACUUCCUCCUGGGAUGCCAGUGCCUGGAACGAUCCCCGACGGCGUGCAAGUUCUAAUCAAUGACCAUGUUCUUCUGGGUUCGACAGAGACUGGAAAGAGACUAUGGGUGGAUUGGCUUCCUGGAGCUCUCGAAGAUGGGACCAUGAAGUGUAUGCCACAUCCUGAGGUUGUUGGGAAAGGACUUGAGAAGAUUCAGGACGCAGUCGAUGCGAUUGGCAAAGGGGUGAGUGGAAAGAAGCUGGUGGUCGAGCUUUAG